GGCUCGUCCUGCUGACACGAAACACACCAAGUCCGAUCCGCUGCACCGCCUGUCUGUCUGUCUGCAUCCGUCUCAUCCCAGCAGCUGGACACACCUGGACAACAUGGGCAACGUGCAGCCCACCGUCGUCCCGUACGAGGACUUUGAUGUUACAGCUGAUAUCAAAGCCAUCCGACAAGCAUGUAAAGGUCUGGGCACGGAUGAAGAAGCCAUCAUCCAAAUCCUGGCUGACCGUUGUGCGUCUCAGCGUGUUGACAUCAAGCAGGCCUACUUUGAGAAGUACGACGACGAGUUGGAGGAGGUCCUGAAGAAGGAGCUGACGGGGAGCUUUGAGAACGCCAUCAUGGCCAUGUUGGACCCUCCUGAUGUUUACUUCGCCAAGGAGCUGCGGAAGGCCAUGAAGGGGGCGGGAACCGACGAGGCCGUGCUGGCGGAGAUCUUGUGCACGGCUACUAACGAGGACAUCUUGAGCUACAAGGAGGCCUACGUCCAGGUGCACGAGCGCGACCUGGAGGCAGAUAUCGAGGGCGACACCAGCGGAGAUGUGAGGAACCUGCUCAUCUCGCUGCUGCAGGCGGCCAGGGAUGAAGGCUUCGAAGUGGAUGAGGGUUUAGCCGAACAAGACGCUGCAUCUUUGUUCGAGGCAGGAGAAGGCAGGUUUGGCACCGACGAGUCGACCUUCACCUUCAUCCUGACGCACAGGAACUACCUGCAGCUUCAGGCCACCUUUAAAGCCUACGAGUCGCUUUCAGGAACCGACAUUUUGGACACCAUUGACGCUGAAGCCACAGGAACUCUAAAGGAGUGCUACAUCACUCUGGUGAGGUGCGCUAAGAACCCGCAGCUGUAUUUCGCCCGACGCCUUAAUGCGGCCAUGAAGGGACUGGGCACCGACGAGGACACGCUCAUCCGCGUCAUCAUGGGCCGCUCUGAGAUCGACCUGGAGACGGUGAAGGACAUGUACCUGGAGAAGUACGACGUAACCCUGAAAGACGCUCUGGACUCUGAGUGUGGAGGAGACUUCAAACGCCUCCUCAUUGCGAUCCUGCACUAAGACCUUCCUCCUGUACUGGCCUUACGUAUCCGUGACCUAACGUGACUCCACUCCUCUGCACUCAUCUUUUACAGUUUCACUUAUUCACUUUGGGGAUCUUUAUAUUCAUCUUCAUCCCUUUUCUUGUCUUUCUCACCCUCAGAGACACUCAGUUCUCUUUGCAGCACGGACCAAAAAUCAAUUCAAUGUUAUACCGCUCAGUGUUUGACACGUGGUAAACUUACAUUUAUAGUCUUUGAACACACAUUUUUGCCAAGAACAUAAUCUCAGUGGAAGGUGCAUUGAAUGUUUAUUAUCCUUUUGACAUCUUUAUAGAACUUAAAUGGAACUUGUGCAGCUCAGCAUCACAUAUUUAUUCAAACAGACAAUAUUAAUCUUUCAUUCGCAAGCAGGAGCGUUAUAGGCUGUAGUCCACCAGUUCAAGUUUAUCCCAAAGCUUUCAACUUUAAAAAGCUGCUGCUGCUGCUUCUUAUAAUUCAUCACUUUCUCUCAUCCAUCCUCCAUUAACUUCACUACGAUUUGCCUCGAAAGAUGCCUUUCAUACAGCGAUGCAAUUUACGUUCUGCUGCAACACUUAAGUGCCGAGUUAUCACGCAGGAUCUCUCAUAUCUGAAUACAUCAGACGUAUAGAUGUAUACAUGAUAGCAUUAUUACCCUCAUAUCAAAGGCCUGAAUGCUUUAAGGAUACACUACUAGCUUUUUGUAGUCACAUCCCGAAACACUAAGUGGGAUUUUUUAACUUUUUCUUUUUUUCCAAUCACAGCUCACAAGCUGCCUUGUUCUCACAUUUGUACACAUUUACCAGACAAUUGCCUUUUUCCCUUUUUGUCAUUCAGUGACUAAAUUUACCGCAAAAAAAACUGUUGUUUGAUGAUAAUCAUAAUAUUGAACGGGAUGUGAGUCUUACACUGUAACCCCUGAAGUGCAAUCAUUGAUAGUGGCCACGCUGCAGUCGGGUAUGUAACUGUGUUUUAUCUAAUUGUAUUUAAAACUGAGAAUAAUAUAACGUAUCAUAUUAUAUAGUUAUAAUAGCCACAAUUAGGAAACAGUAAAUUAUUUAGAAGAGGUGUAACAGCAUUUAAAAUGUGGUAUGUAUGAAGCGAUAAUAAAAUUUAACUCCACCAAAAUCCAUUCAUGUUGUGUUUGUGUCCUGCAGGGGGCAGCGGUGCACCACUUCUGUAUGCUGCUUUGUGGGUAAACUGACAUUUGAGGAAAUCAUGGUGAAAUCAGUGAUGAUAUGUUUAACCAGAGCAUUAUAACGUGCUUCAAUAAACUGUGUAAUACAUUU